AUGAGGAGAAAGCCUGCUCUAGUGGCCUCACUUAUCCAGUUCCCUCCAGUUCCCUUUAAUACCUGGGACACAGCUGGAGUUCUAACCUUCUUGAAACUUACCUCUCCAUACUGUGGCUCUCUCCACUAAAGGAAAAUAAUAGGUUAGGAGAGAGAACCGAAGCCAGAACAAUGAACAUCAUCCUAGAACUCUUUCUGCUUCUGGUUGUUGUCAUCUACUCCUACCUGGAGGCCUUGGUGAAGCUAUUUAUUCCAGUGAAAAGAAAGUCUGUCAAUGGAGAGAUUGUUUUGGUUACUGGCGCUGGACAUGGAAUUGGGAGGCUCACUGCCUAUGAAUUUGCCAAACACAAAAGCAAACUGGUUCUGUGGGAUAUCAAUAAGCAUGGUGUUGAAGAAACAGCUGCUGAAUGCAGAAAACUAGGGGCCACAGCUCGUGCUUAUGUGGUUGAUUGCAGUAAAAAAGAGGAAAUUUAUACCAUGAUAGACAAGAUAAAGAACGAAGUUGGUGAUGUGACCAUGGUGGUGAAUAAUGCUGGAGCAGUUUAUCCAGCAGAUCUUCUGAGCACCAAAGAUGAGGAAAUUACCAAAACAUUUGAAGUCAACAUUCUAGGCCACUUCUGGAUUAUUAAAGCUCUCCUGCCUUCCAUGAUGCAGAGGAACCACGGUCACAUCAUCACUGUGGCAUCCAUAUGUGGUCAUGGAGUGAUUCCUUAUCUUAUCCCUUACUGUUCCAGUAAAUUUGCUGCUGUUGGGUUUCACAGAGCCCUAACAUCAGAACUUGCUGCUCUGCGGAAAAAUGGAAUCAAGACUUCUUGUCUCUGUCCUGUUUUUGUGAAUACUGGAUUCACCAAGAACCCAAGCACAAGGUUAUGGCCUGUUUUGGAGACAGAGGAUGUCGUGAAGAAACUAAUGGAUGGAAUUCUAACUGACAAGAAAAUGAUUUUUGUUCCAUCAUAUUUGAAUCUCUGUUUGGUAUUAGAAAAAUUUCUUCCUGAGCGUGCAUUGGCAGCCAUAAACCGGGUCCAAAAUAUUCAGUUUGAAGCAUUGGUUGGCCACAAACACAAAAAGAAAUGAGAACAUUAGGCUGAACUAGCUUAACUCUUAGGAGCUUUUAUGAAAAAUAGAAUGAAUACUGAAUGAUUAUGCAUGUAGGAUUGCUAUCUUCAUCCUUUUUUUGAAAGAAAAUCUAAGGUUUCAAAAUUUUAUUGAAUUUCUACUUUAUGCAGCUGUUUUCAUUCUACCUUUAUCCUUUCUGUACCACGAUGGACAAAAAUCACUUUUCUGUUAGUCCUCACAAAAGGAUUGUAGAAUUAUUGCUGGGAGAGACUUUGGAGGUCACCUCCUCCAAUCUCCUCUUUGAAAGAUGAAGAAACUGAAUCUCAGGAAUAUUAAGUGACUUGUCACACAGGUAGUAUCAUCAGAGGUAGGAUUUGAACCCAGUUCCUAGAUAGCCCGGGCUCUUUCCAUUAUACCAGCUGCCUCCCAAGGAGUUGGAUAAUAUAUGCAAAAUGGCACCUCUAUAUUUCCUCUAUAAAACUAAAUGGGCUCCCAGGUCAUUUCCAGCUCUAAUUCCAUGAUCCUAUUAUCAAGUGUUACAAGUCUUAAGUGAAGUUUAAACAGGCAAUCAGACCAUGAAAGGCACAGCUCUUAAAUAAUUAAGCUUUGUAGUUAGAAAACUUUAAUUAAUUAGUGUGAUGUCCCCUUUCUUGAGUAGGGUGGCUUUUAUCUUUUCCCUCCCACACAAUUCAGUUGAAAUUGGAAUACUUCACCCCACCCUCUCUGUGACAUUUUAAUAUCCAAGAUCUCUGUCCUACAUCCCAAAGUCCCCCUGCCUCUAUCAUUCUCCUUCCCUUCUACUUCCAAAAAUCCCUUGAUCUCAGAAAAGGGGGAGAGGGGGAAAUCAAUCUUAAAAGCCUCGUUUAAUUUAGAAAUUUAACCCCAACAUGGCUUCUCUAUUUAGAUGACCAAGGACCACCCCCCACACCACCACCCCUAUGCCCAGGGAUAUUUAGCCACAACAAAGAUUUGAGAAUGAAAGCUGAUCCAGAAAAUAAAGCAGAAUUCAUGAGACUCUUA